AUGGCUGCUGCUCGAGUAUUCCGUUCAACAGCCCUUCGCCAAUUCCCCGUCAUCCAGAUUCGCCGCAAUGCCACGCUCGGCACCAGCGCCCAUGGGGAUGUGAUCAAUGUUCAGCAGAUUCCCGCACCAGGCGCAGGGCACAUCAGAGUACUGCUGCUCAAUCGACCGCAGGCUCGCAAUGCGAUCUCGCGACAGCUGCUGAACAGCCUGGGAAAGCAUAUCGAUGACAUUAAGGCUGAACAGGGCAAAGGUCCAACUAGGGCGCUGGUGCUCGCCAGCAACGUCGACGCUUCAUUCUGUGCGGGAGCAGACUUGAAAGAGCGAGCUACUUUUACAAAACAGGAUACGGAAGCGUUCCUGGCUCAACUCCGCCAGACAUUCGCCAACCUGGACGAGCUACAGAUUCCAACCAUCUCUGCUAUUUCGUCCAUGGCACUAGGCGGCGGACUGGAGCUAGCACUAUGCACAAAGCUACGUGUCUUUGGAAGCACGAGUAUAGUCGGACUGCCCGAGACUCGACUUGCCAUCAUCCCAGGCGCAGGAGGCACUUACCGCCUGCCACGUCUCAUUGGCAAGAACCGCGCUCUGGACAUGAUCCUCACUGGACGACGGGUCAGCGGUGCCGAGGCCUACUUUCUCGGACUCUGCAACAGGUUAGUCGAGGUGACGCCCGAAGAGCAAGGGAAGCCGGGAGAAGCGAGGGAGAAGGUUCUACGGGAAAGUAUCAAGCUUGCGCAAGACAUCUGUGAAGGAGGGCCUAUUGCGCUAGGUCAGGCUCUAAAGGCUGUUGAUGGAUUCGAGAGGGGCGCAGAGGCAGAGAACGAGGCGUAUCUUGGAGUCGUGGAGACCGAGGAUCGGUUUGAGGCUCUGAAGGCGUUUGCAGAGAAGAGGAAGCCUUCCUUCAAGGGACGAUGA